UGAACAGAAUCAGACCGGCUGACUGCGAAGUUGAUAGCCGAUGCCGUUUGAUACUACUAUCAUCCUUCUACUGUGCCUCGUGGUCAAAGAUGUACCCGUCUUGUCUUCUCAGGGAGAGUCAUACGCGCUCGUUAAGGAAACAAUAAGAGCGACUGAUCCUGGGUGAUCAGCAAAUUUGAUAAUCAAAAUAAAGCGUACCUCUGUGGUGCUGGACCCACCUCAUUUCCACCACUGUGUCACCCAUCACUACACUUGCGGAGACACUACCAUGAGCUCACAGUCAGCUACUACCUCUAGUCUACAAUUUCAGCUCAGAUUGCCUGCAUUGACUCGCAAGCACAGCCGAAAUCUGUCUGACUAUGGCAGGGAAAUCGAAGAGCAUGAUAGUGCAGGGAAACUUCGCAAGGUUAUAGUUAUUGCAGAUGACCCGCCGCACACCGUGAAGCACCUCUUGGGAUCGACUGGCGCGACGAGUGCACGAGGUUCCGCGGUCUCGUCUGAUAGAAAACGGAAGCGGGAGCGUCUUUCGCCUUUCAAUUAUGGCAAAGGCGCCCUCGUACGAAUGCCUUCAUGGGAGGCGGCAAUGCUACAGCAGAAAACUCCCUCCGCUCCGCCGAAGAAGAAACGCAAAGCAGCGACGCAGCCUCCACCACCACCGCUGCCACACAACACGGGAAACCUUCUCUUCAACCCGAGGGUGCGGUCUGCAAUCGCGCAAAGAGAAGAUGCGGUAAAUCCACCGCCUUUCGACAGAACACGAAAGUUGGGAUUGAUCGAAGGAGGCCCGAUCACGCAGAGAGCGGCAGCUACUGGCAUGAACAGUACUUUUGAGAGAGCCUACUACAGAGAUGCAAUUUCACGUCCGCCGCCCUUACGCGUCGACAAUUACGUACCGCACUGCAGUCAACGCUGUAAGUUUUCUUUCUAUUUCUUUCGUUGCUCCCAAUCUGUCUGCCUGUGAAUCGAUAAGAUUGUUCAAUUGGGAUGGUUGCUAAUGGCAAGCUGACAUCUUCUCGUAACGUCGUACAGAUAAGCGGUCGAGGCCAGAAUCCGCAGGUGACACUGUCAGGAAUCGCGCAUCCAAGAGUACCAAUGAACUCCAUACCCGCGAUCAUCGUGCAGGGCCCAGUUCUGCCGGUAGCUCCACUAAAACAGCCGUGUCGGACAAGGCUAUUGGGUUGCAGCGCCGUGAAAAAGCUGCUAACACCAUUGUUGCGA